AUGAUAUUAAAUCUAAUAUCGAUCACUGUCUACCUUCUAAUUAAGUUCUACUCUUUCGGAGUUACAGCAGAUACAUGUGAUACUUACCGACAUCCACGCUAUGGUUUCGGCCAGUGUAUCGAUCGAAAUCAAUGUCCAUAUUCGUUGUAUGAAUCCGGUCUGUGUGAAUCUUAUUCUUCCAAUAUGCAAUGCUGCUUUUCAUUACGUAACACGACGAAUGAAGAGUUCCGUGCUGUUUGGAUUGCUACCGUAGAUAACAUUGAUUGGCCAUCGUCGAAAACAGCUCCACCCGAUCAACAACGAGCAGAAUUGAUCAAUAUUCUGAAUACUGUUCAACUUCUCAAUAUGAAUGUUGUCAUUUUCCAUGUUCGUCCUGCCGGCGAUGCUCUCUAUGCAUCUACACUUGAACCGUGGAGUUUCUACUUGACCGGUGCUCAAGGUGUUCCACCUUCACCGUUCUGGGAUCCAUUAGCAUUCAUCAUUACCGAAGCACACAAACGAAACAUCGAAGUUCAUGCUUGGCUCAAUCCAUAUCGGGCACGUAUGACCGGUGCUACCUAUGAAUUGGCACCAACUAAUAUGGCGAAACGUUUUCCACAAUACGCUUAUCCUUAUGCGACAAAUAUCUGGAUGGACCCUGGAGCAACAGAAGUUCAACAGUUUAUUGUUAACGUAACGGAAGACAUAGUUCGACGAUAUGCUGUCGAUGGCAUUCACAUCGAUGAUUACUUUUAUCCAUACAGCGAUGGCACUGAGUUUCCAGAUAAUGUCACAUAUGCUGCUUAUCAAGCACAAGGUGGUACUCUGGACAAAGCUGACUGGCGUCGUUCAAAUGUGAAUACACUCAUACAAACGAUGUAUACGAGAAUGCAUGUCGCCCGACCAAAGAUAAAAUUCGGUAUUUCACCGUUCGGAAUCUGGAAGAGUGGUGUACCGGCUGGUAUAAGUGGUCUUUCAUCAUAUGAUAGUUUAUAUUGUGAUAGUCGAAUGUGGUUAGAGCAAGGACUAGUUGAUUAUAUGACACCACAACUAUACUGGCAGAUCGAUCCCCCAGCUCAAUCGUAUCCAGUCUUACUUAAUUGGUGGGUCGAACAAUCAGCGAAAGGUCGUCACGUCUAUCCUGGCAACGCACUUUAUCGAACAGUUCCAAAUGUUUCCAAUUGGCCAAUCAAUGAAAUCAUUCGACAAAUAGAUAUAACUCGUUCCAUGCGUGAUCAACUCGCACUUGGCAAUGUGUUCUUUUCGUUAAGUCAAAUUAUGCAAAAUCUGAAAGGCAUUCAAAAUGUACUUGCCGUAUUGUAUGAACAAAAAGCAAAUGUUCCUAAAAUGCCUUGGUUAUAA